AUGGCUGGGCAAGGAGGAUUUUUUCUCGACAUUGGAACGCGUGAUGGUCUUAUUCCCUCUGAUCCACUUUGGUUAGAGAAGCAAUACGACUGGACUGGACUGUUGAUUGAUUUAGAUCAUUACAGAUGCAAACCGAUGACCAAAUUAAAAAGAAAGGCGAGGCGUUUAUGUGGUUGUUUAUCGAAUUCUCAAGGUAAAGUUUCUUUUCAAACAGUUGGUGGUGAUAAUCAAGUUACCAACCACACGUUGGAAAGGGAUAAUAAAUCCAUCGUUCCAUGCACUGAUGUAGGUCAGGCCUUACAUGGUGUCAGUCGUAUUGACGUUUGUUUUUUAAACGUGCAACACGCAGGUCCGGUCAUCCUGGAUUUGAUGAGGUCUCUGCUGAGAAACGGAACUUUCAAAGUAGACAUUUGGUCACUUAAAUACGGAGUGACGGAUGGUAUAAAAGCUGUUGUUGGACGAUCAAUAAAUGAAUUCAACGCACUAAGAAAGUUGUUUUCUGAACUUGGAGGUUAUUUUGAAUAUUCACAGGUGUCUGCCAAUAGUAAUUAUAAGGAUUUGUAUGACUCAGAUGUUGUGUUUGUCAGUGAGAACGAAUGGUGUAGAGUAGAAAACAAGUUUCCAAAUGGAACACGUUGUCGAGGAAAAGAGAAAUAUUACCGUAUUAACGAAUAUCUGCUUUCUCCUCACCCUUACAGAAAUGUAAAGGACGCCGAUCGGCGAUACUCCCAAGCCAGACAGGAUGAAAUCGUCUUUGACAUAGUUCAAAAAAGCGGUGGGUUUUUUAUUGACAUGGGAGCAAACAAUGGACAGUUCCUUUCAAAUUCACUGUGGUUAGAAAGACAUCAUAACUGGACAGGACUUUUGAUCGAGGCUGACCCCGAGUUAUGUCAACGAAUUGAUAAACUCGAACGACACGCGUGGAGGCUAUGCGGCUGCAUCUGUAAAGAAAUUAAAGCAGUGACAUUUAUAAAGGAUGUGAACCAUAAAAAAAACGGUGCUGUGAAAAGUCAAACCAAUAAACAUCACAUGGAACUGUUAAACCGGACCAACACCAUCACGGUUCCAUGUUUCAAUUUGGAAAAUGUGUUGAGUGAAAUAAAAACCCACCACAUUGACUUCUAUUCUCUAGAUGUUGAGGGAGGAGAGAUGACCGUACUUGAGUCGAUGAGAGACGGACUUAAAACCAGGCGCAUUACCGUGGACGUGUGGUCAAUAGAAUACCGGGUGUGGGACGGCCAUAGCAUCAUCGAUGACAAGUCAAUGGAGAAACUAAAUGCACUGAGAAGGUUCUUUUCUGAUAUUGGAGGUUACAGUGAACAUUCACAGAUAUCGUUACCCACUGAAAAGAAUAUGAUUGAUGGCCGUGCCUUAGAUGUGGUGUUCGUACGAAACGAAAUUUUUUGCAAAACACACAAAAAACUACCAAAGGGUUCUCCGUGUCCAACGUGAUCUACAAUUAUAGGAUCUCUCAUGAUUUUCGAUGGUACAUGUUUAUGAUUUUUAUCUAACGAGUUGUGUGGGGUUUUUUUAUAUCCCCAAGCCUUGGCGAUUUUUAAUCGGGAGUGUUUACAUCUGUUCACUAUUCGAAACUUACUCGGAAUACCUCGCACAAUUUUUCAACGUAAUCAUCCGGGCUUUUUCAUUGCUGGUGCAAUUAAUGUAAAAUUCCCGCAGAUUUUCUAUUUUUGGUUGUGUAUUGAAGCCUAAAGCGGUAGAGGGAGCGUUUUAAAACAGAUUAUCUGGACAUUGUCCAUAUUAGUGAAUUUUGUUGUCUUAUUAGCUUAUAUCAUUUAUGUAUAAGCAAUACGUGUAAGUGUCAGAUUUUUGAAAGAACAAAUCGAUUGUCAGAAGUGGUAAAUCGAUGGUUGUUAUUAUCAUAAACAUUAAAGAAAGUUACAAAAACGCCGACCCUGAAUCAGUUAACAUCUCCGAUGGGUAAAACGCCUUGUAUAGCUGUACUACGAACGGAGCAUCCAUUAAAAUGGAGUGGAGUUUGUUAUGUUUAUUAUUUUCUGCACCGUUCUGUCUAGUGACCAGCUACGGUAAGCCUU